CCCGAGCCAGCUGCUACAAGCCUUUCAUUUUGUUCAGACGGAAACGAAAGGAAAUCGAAGUACAAAGAAAAAGUAAAUACCAGUUUAUUAUUGUGAUAAUACUUUUGUUAAUGUUCCUGUUGUAAAUGACUAAACGGUGUUAUUUGAAAUUGUACCGACAAGGAAAAAUUAAGAACUUCAUCUUCAUCUAGUAAAAACUUUGGAUACAAAAUAAGUUAUGGACAAAUCAAGAUUUUCGAUGCUCCUUUUAGAGCCAGGUGAAAUUUAUUUUGAAGAUUAUUCAUGUAUUUUCAAUGAUCUGGAAUCAUUACAUGGAGGUAAUUCCAGGCAAGGUAGACUGAAACUUUGCUCAAAGUCUCUUGUGUUUGAGCCUAGAGACUGGACAUAUCCAUUAAUUAAGUUACACUUCAGAGACUGUACAAGCAUAGAUGUAAUAAAACCCCAGACUUCUGAAAGUCCGCAGAAUGUGAUCAAAGUAGAGAUAAAGCAGUUUGCAGAAAUGCUGGAGGAAAACAUAUUGGCUCCAUAUAAAUUUCAAUAUGAAAAGAAAACUUUUUAUAUAUUUUUCGAUUUUGCUUCGGCAGAAGAGACGUUGUAUCAAAUGCACCAGUUGCAAAGGGCAUCCACAUUGAAUGCACCUGAACACAACAGUAUGGUGGCUACUAUUCUGCACUCUAGGUACAUGCGGAUGGUAUUUGACCCAGUCAUGAUGGAUGACUUUACUGAGGAGAUAGUUUGUGAGCUGCAGGCGGAAAUAUCACCAUUAGUUAGGCAUCAAGGCAAGCUGGCUUUAACACCAACAACAUUAUAUUUUCAGCCCUUCAGCAAUGUUGAAAGUAGCCCAAUUUUGAAACUAAAGCUGAGCCACCUGAAGAGGCUGUACAAGCGCAGAUUUUUACUAAGGCAAGUUGGCUUGGAGAUCUACAGCGCAGAAGAGAGUUCUGUUGCCCACAUCUACCUAACAUUUCAAUCCCAGGAUGACAGGGACAGAACCUACGAUAUUUUAGAGCAGUCCCCCAGCGUUCGCCUAGAAAAAGUUCACGCCGAGGAAACUACGCUGCAGUGGCAAAACGGAGUGGUGUCCAAUUAUGACUACUUGAUGCAUUUGAAUUGCCUCGCAGACAGAAGUAAAAAUGAUCUCACACAAUACCCAGUUUUUCCCUGGGUAAUAUCAGACUACACAUCUACAGAAUUAGACCUCGACAAUGUUGAUGUAUACAGAGACCUGUCUAAGCCCAUGGGGGCGUUAAAUCCGGAUAGGUUAGAGAAAUUAAAGGAAAGAUACCAUGAGAUGUCACAUCCUAAAUUUAUGUAUGGCUCACAUUACUCUGCUCCAGGAUUGGUGCUAUUUUAUCUAGUCCGAAAAUAUCCCGAAUAUAUGCUUUGUCUUCAAAACGGAAGGUUUGACCAUCCCGACAGAAUGUUCAACUCAGUGAAAGACGUUUAUAAUAACUGUUUAAGAAACAUGUCCGAUUUUAAGGAGUUAGUCCCCGAAUUCUACGACACAGACGCCAAAGGCGACUUCCUAAUAAACAAAUACCAAAUAAACUUCGGAGACCGCCACGACGGGACUAAAGUGAACAACGUCGCGCUCCCGCCCUGGGCGGAUUCACCGGCUAACUUCGUGGCAAAACUUCGGGCGGCGUUAGAGUCGGAAUAUGUCUCUAGGCACUUGCAUUUGUGGAUCGAUCUCAUUUUUGGAUAUAAACAGAGAGGGGAGGAGGCUAUUAAAGCUAAUAAUGUUUUUCACCACGUAUGCUACGAAGGCUCCGUCGACUUAGAUGACAUCUACGAUAUGAACGACAGGCAUGCAUUAGAAGUACAAAUAAUGGAAUUCGGUCAAGUACCAAAGCAACUUUUCACCAAGCCCCACGUUCGAAGAGUCACGCAUGAAAUACCUAAGAGCAUAAAAGAGGAUUUGGAAGAAAACGAUAUUGUUUACACAUUGGAAUGUAUUGAUAGUAUUCAGAUACAUAAAGAGGAAGUUACAUGUGCGUUAAGGCAAGGUCAAAGACUGAUUUCUGUGGGGAAAGAUGGGACUUUAAAAGUGUAUGAUACGUCAUUGAAGAAGCAAAUACGGAGCGUCAUACUGAGUACGACUCCGCUUAGUUCGUGCGUCAUGGUCGAUGAAAAUAUUGUCGCAGCUGGCUCGUGGGACAAUGAAAUAUAUCUGUACGACGUGGAUUACGGCAGGGUGGUGGAGAGUUUUAGAGCGCAUGAUGACUGCGUAAGCUGUUUACUGUGGUUAGAAAAAGAACGACUUCUAAUAUCUGGCGGGCACGAUGGAGUAGUGCGCGCAUGGGGCGAACUGGGGCGCACGGGGCAGGCGCUACGCGGGCUGCGCGUCGAGUUUGAUCACGACGGGAAAGUGUGCGCUGUCACCUUCAGACGUCGACGCCACAGUGUGGACAUAAUAGCUGGCACGAGCGACGGCGAGCUCUACGUUUGGGACCUCAUGGCCCGCGAACUACUCGCCAAAAUGUCCAUCCAUACCUCACCUAUCGUCGGCGCCUGUUUUAUACCAGCUGGGGACCGAAUUGUUACGAUCGCUCGCGAUACGGAUAUGAGUGUGACAGAUCUACUUGUAUGUGACUCGGUAUACCACGCGCAACUGUCCGAAGGUGCGGCCGCGCUGUGCUGGCAGGGCCCGCGCGCGCUGUGGCUGGGCGGGAAGCGCGGCGCACUCCUGCAGUGGGACAUGAUGAGAGCGCAGCCGCGUGCCGAAAUGCAGGCGCACCAAGAUGUGAUCAACUGCGUAUACUAUGACGCCGCUACUGAAACUUUAGUCACCGCCAGCAAAGACAAAACUGUCAAACUUUGGAAAAUGAUCUCAAGCUCCUGACAAAAGAGGCUCAAUUUAGUGAAGAGUGCUAUUCAUUAUACUUUACUGUUCUUUAUAUAAUAAAUUAUAUAUAGUGCUAACUUAAGUUUUGCAGUCAAUCCUGGGUAUUUAAAACAGUCUUUAGAGAUCAUCAUUUAUCACUUGGCCCGAUACAUCUUGACAUUAUUCAUAAUGCCCUCAUUAAUCACUAAUAAUCACUUGGUCUAUAACAUAUAUGUAUAUCUUUAGUCUUUUAUACUAUCAAUUUAGAAUCCUCGUCAUCCUCCUUGCGUUAUCCCGGCAUUUGCCACGGCUUAUGGGAGCCUGGGGGUCCGCUUUGACAACGAAUCCCAAAAUUUGGCUUGAUUACCUUCCAACCCGAAGGGUAAUAGGAUUAGUCCCGUUUUCUGACGAUGUUUUGCUUCACCGAAAAACGACUGGCAAAUAUCAAAUGACAUUUCGCACAUCAGUUCCAAUAAAGUCAUUGACCUACGAGCCGGGAUUCGAACCUGCGACCUCAGGAUUGAAAGUCGCACGCUCUUCCGCAAUUUUGAAUCAUCAUAAUGCAUAAUUGCAAUUAUUAAAUAGGUAAGUACAAACCGCGCUAUACAUGUGAAAAUCUCGGUUCCCCCUUUUAUGUAAAAAUACCAGGAUUGAUUGUGUUCCAAUCAGUUCAGUUCUAAGAAGAUAUUGAACAGAACAAAAUGCAUUAAGUAUCAAUAAGUGUUUUAAAAUAAUUAAUAACAAAAUAGAUAAGUACCUACCAGGCAUCGGACAAAAAGUGUGGAUGACGUAAAAAUGACGAAGGUAAUCUUCUACACAGGAUGUUGGUAUUAUUAUUAAUGAAGUAGUAUUAAUGAAGUAACAAAAUAAUCGUAAAUAAAUCUAUGGAAUUCAUAAUACAGGUAGGAUGAUGUUAGUGAAUAAAAUAUGUAUUCACGAGAUUUGUUAACAUAAAGUACGAUUAUUUGAAAUUAAUUGAAGGGAUAUUU